GUCCCCGGCGCCCGCUGCACGCUCUAGUAGGUGACGGUUUGCUCGUGUAUCCUGCGGUCCCGGCUUUGGAUUAUGCCGGAGUGUUGGUCGGUCCUGUACUCUAUUAGACCGGAACACCGCGGGGUUUAGCGGCCGCAGGAGGAGACGUCAUGGAACGACGAAAUGUCAUACGAGUUGGUACAAGGAAAAGCCAGCUGGCACGUAUCCAGACGGACAGCGUUGUGGAAAUGCUGAAAAACAAGUUCCCUGAUGCUCGCUUUGACAUUGUUGCCAUGUCGACAACAGGAGACAAGAUUUUAGAUACGGCUUUAUCUAAGAUAGGCGAAAAGAGUCUCUUUACAAAGGAGCUGGAGAACGCGCUGGAGAGAAACGAGGUUGAUCUUGUUGUUCAUUCACUAAAGGAUUUGCCAACUACUCUACCUCCUGGGUUCACAGUUGGAGCUGUGUGCAAGCGCGAGAGUCCACACGAUGCAGUUGUUUUUCACCCUAGAAAUGCAGGAAAUACACUGGAGACAUUGCCUCAAAACAGCACAAUUGGGACAAGUUCUCUUCGUAGAGCAGCUCAGCUGAAAAAACGAUACCCUCAUUUACAGUUUAAAGAUAUUCGGGGGAACCUAAACACUCGCCUGAAGAAGCUGGAUGAGCAGAAUGAUUUCAGCGCUAUUAUUUUGGCGGCUGCCGGCCUGCGUCGCAUGGGCUGGGACAACAGAAUCGAUCAGAUCCUGUUACCGGAGCAGUGUCUAUAUGCAGUGGGUCAGGGUGCACUGGCUGUAGAGGUUAGAGCCAAAGAUCAGGACAUUUUGAACAUGGUUAGUGCCUUGCAGGACCCACCGACCGUGCUGCGCUGCAUAGCAGAAAGAGCUUUCAUGAGAAGACUGGAGGGGGGCUGCAGUGUGCCUGUGGCAGUGAGCACGUCGAUCGAGGAUUCUCAUCUGUAUCUUACCGGAGCGGUGUACAGCCUCGAUGGAUCAGACUGCCUGAAGGAGACCAUGCAGAGAAGGGUCGUCUUCCCAGACAAGGAGGUUGAUGGACCAAAUGAUGACAGUCAGCAUGUAGGAAUUACAGCACUUGGUGUACCACGUAAAGCCUUGGAGUCUGCAGAACAUUUAGGAACAGAACUGGCAAAUCUGCUGCUGAGCAAAGGGGCGAAAGAGAUCCUGACUGUGGCGAGACAGCUAAAUGAUGCCAGAUAAUACCCAGCGCAGACCAUGUCCAUUCACUUCUCCUAUUCCUCAGAAGUCACUGUUUUGAGAACUUGUGAUCGGCCAGGGUUCUCUAGACAGUGCAGCCUGCACGAUGGGAAAAGUAGAACGAAGCCCAGUCAUUCGGAUUCGGUCUUGUAGAAUGAACCCGGCAAACAGAAUGUAGUAACUUGUAAAACGUGUAAAUGAAUACAACGUAUUUUACGAUGUGUAAUUGUUAGUGAUAAUGCACCAAGUGUCCUUCUGGCCGUGACCAUGUAUUAGGAAAAAGCUUAUGUAAUAGGCUGCAGGUUAUCCAGGAUUAUCUUCCAUCCAUGGAGUCGAUAAAUGAUGCAGAAUGAUGAAAUACUGCAUGGUUGGAAGUGCCCAGUGAUGUGCAAAAGGUUUCUGCGAAAUGCAUGUAUAUAUGUAUCUGGCCUUUCUUCAGAAUCCUAGUAAAAUUCUUGCCCCAUU